CGUAGUGCCACCUACUGCACGCGAUUUAUCAGCACAAUGCCGAUGCCCGAAAUAGGAAUUUCAUAUCCCGAUUAUUUUCUCUGCCACUGAGUAAAUGCAGUAUAAAUCCAUUGUUUUCAACUUCAUGUCUGUCCCAAUUUAUCAAACAGCUUCUCCCUCUUUACUAGACCUAACUCCAACAAAAUCAUGAGCAAUCCUUCUAUAGAGAAAUAUGGUUGGACUGCAGUCCCCCGUAAAGUCUCAACUCUCCUCUCGCAGUCUGAAUCCUCGUCUAAUCAGCCAAAAUCCCUAUCCACAUCGACAAUCCCGCUUCCCGACUCGCCCCUCGUGAAAGCGGUUCAGGAAUAUGCCAAAGCAGAAUUGCCAACCGAGACCUACAAUCACAGCAUGCGAGUCUUCUAUUAUGGAGAAGCCAUCUUAACUCACGCCUUCCCGUCCUGGUCCUCGCCGUCGUUCAACGAGACUUAUUUCAUGACCUGCCUGUUACACGACAUCGGUACCACAGACAAGAAUAUCCACGCCACUCUGAUGUCUUUUGAAUUCUACGGUGGGCUGAUUGUUCUUGAUCUUCUGAAGAAGCUCGAUGCUCCAGUCCCGCAGGCUGAGAAUGUAGCCGAAGCCGUGAUUCGGCAUCAAGAUCUUGGGGAGACGGGGACGCUGACCAGGAUUGGCGCUUUGAUACAAUUGGCAACUAUCUUUGAUAACAUGGGAGGAAAUCCGCAAUUGGUGGACAAAAGUACGAUUGAGGAUGUGGUGAAGACGUAUCCGAGGAUGAAAUGGAGUAGUUGCUUUGCGGCGACGAUUCGGAGAGAGAACGGACUGAAGCCUUGGGCUCACACGACACACCUUGGGGAGAGGGACUUCCCCGAAGGCGUUGAGAACAACAAGCUCAUGGCACCUUAUGAUGGCUAAUUGGUACUGAAGAACCUAUAAUAGAUGGGCAUUUGAGGUAGUUUGGAGCAGAUAAAGGUAAUGAAUAGGGUUUGUGGUGAAGGCGUUGGAAAUUAUGUAUAAAUAGGCACAGAUAUAUAAUUUACUACAUGGCAACGUUAUCAAAAAU